AGUGCCGCGCGGCGCGGCGCCUCCACACCUGGCCAGCGCCGAGCCGACCAUGCCAGGGCAUGUGAGCGGCGCUCGCCAGUGAGCGCGCGUCCGCCGGCCGUCCGCCCGCGCCGCUCCGGUCGACAUGGUGCUGCCGCGACUGCUGGUGAUCGCCGCUGUGCUGGCACUCUGCCUGCCGGCCGGCCGGGCCGCCGAACUCUGGCGCAGGCCGGUGCUACCCGAGCCGCCGUCCGAGGACAGCGCGGCGGCCUCCUCCGACCCCUCGGCCUCCAGCGCACAGCAGGUGUCACAGGCGCUGAGUCGCACCAGCGCCGCGCUGGCUCAGCAGUUUCUCCGGAGCAGCAGAGCUGUCUCCGGGAUGCACCAGCAGCCCUACGAUGUGCCGCUCAUAGAGUGUCCGCCCGCCUCGGACGGAAUGGAGCGCUUCGCGUGUCCCACGGCCGACUACCACGGCCGGUACCGCUGUAUAGACGACCACAUGUUGUGCAACGGAUACCGCGACUGUCCCGGCAGCGAAGACGAGGACAGAAAGAACUGCAUGUUUUAUAAAACGACCAAGACGCACCUAAACGUGUUAGCCGACGCGCUGCUGCGGUGGGCGAGAGGCCGCUAGCAGGUCCUGGGCACCGGCUGGCGUGUCUCCGCGCCGCUCGCCGGCGGCGGCCCCAGCGCGGCGCCGCCGGGCGCUCCGCGCGCCGUCUCUGCACCGUCCAGUGGCGCUCUGUCGGCGCGGUGGUUACCUCCACUGUAGCUUCCAUCGCCGUCGGUCCGCGCCGCCCGCCGCGGCACCCGGGCCCGUCUCGGCCCGGAGCAGACCGGCCUCCGAACGGGCCACGCCGGGCAGCUCUGCGCGCGGCGGCGCGGCCGCUUCUCGGAUCUCAUAUGUAAAGCGCGUACAAAACUUUAAUUUCACGGCAAUUGUGACCGGGAAUACCGAGCACAACGCGGCAGGGCGCGGUUUGCCGUUCUUAUGUAGUUCUGCAGUGAGCUUACUAAGUGCUUGCGUCCGCCAGCACCGUGCAUUCCUUUGAGGGACUGACGGAGCCUUCCGAGCGGCAUCGGCAGCCGCCGGCAGCGGUCUACUUUGUAUGCUGUUUCCUUUGAUGGUGUUUCCUUUGAUGGUGGCUCCGAUGGCUGCCGAGUUCUCUGUCAUUUGUCGCUGAAUGAUCGCCUCGCUCAACCUUGAGCCUUUGUCUCACUAUAAUAGGCCGAGACCUGUGCUUGCUGGGGUUUCUCAUUUCAUCCGGCAUAGCGAGACUCAGCUGUUCUAUUUUUAUUCUAUCUGUUCACUGAAGCACAUAAUGUUGAUGACACCAGUGUCGGUAGACAAUGGCCCUGGGGUCCACAGCUUGUCUGCCACGCAAGAGCACAAACCAGGUGCAUAGGGGCCGGCCUCUAAGUGAGGACGGAGCUCUGCCAUGUGUAAGAUAUCGUACUCCCGAAAACUUAUCUGCAUUCCAAGCCAUCCAAUCAUUCACAUUCUGAAGAAUAUGUAUUAUUAUCACUGAGAAUGGAUGGAAGUAAACAACCUUAUUAUGUCAUCGUCAUUGGGUUAGGAUGACGCCGAGCUGUGGCCGUGCUAUCCAUGUCAACAGUCCCACGCAGGCUGCGGUCGUUGCGCAAAUAAGGAUCACGCUAUUCACAGGCAAUCGCUUAAAUCCACCGCAGCUUGAACGUAUAAUCGAUCUGAUUUGGGACGUCUAUUUUGUUGUGACGCUUACAGUUUGUGAUUUUGAGGAAAACGAUCUUGUUUUGCUCGUGUCGUAUACGAGCCCUGUUUUCAAAGAUUUGUAGUUUUUGCUUUCGUGCUUUUUAGGAGCGCAAAUUUCCGAAUAACUUUUCGUCACUCACCAUUUACUAACCGUUCAAAUUUGAAUAUUUUCAUGGAACACCAUACAUAACUAUUAUGUCUGUUUUGGGUGAUCAGUUCAUAACAAAAAAAAAACAAGUAGUUGAUUUGGCUAUCAUGUCAGCGUAUUUUGAUUUUGAAGUUCUAACAAGUUGCCUUGCUUUUUUAUAUCUUCUAACCGUGACCACUCAACAUUUUAUCUGAGCUAUUUUGUUGUUGUUGCUUUUACCCUUUUAAACAGGUGUUUCAUAUAAGGUGGGAAAGCAGAGCACCUAUUUUGAUCACGUAGAGUGUGUGAAAGUGCGUGUUGGCGGCGCGGGCGCGCGCGGGCGGCGCCGCCACCGAGUGCCGUCCUGAGCCAGCGCCGGCGGCGGCGGCAGCGCGCCGAUCACCAGUGGGGCGGAGCUCAGACGCCGCCGCCAGCGACACGCGCCGGCACUCCGUGAGGCACCGCCCGCACAGCCCCGCACCCCGCCAUCGGUCCGCAGCCCAACGCGCCCAAACUGUCAGCCGCCCCGGCCUCGGACUAUCGUGUUUUCCUCUCCAGUGUGGCUGUCCUGGACUUGGUCUCCCGGGCCGAACCUGAAAGUCACUGAGAACACCGCCGUCUUAGACCUGGAGGCCGGUGGUAAAAACAAGGGGGAAGAGAGUAGAAGAGAGAGAGAGAGAGAGAGAGAGAGAGAGAGAGAGAGAGAGAGAGAGAGAGAGAGAGAGAGAGAGAGAGAGAGAGAGAGAGAGAGAGAGAGAGAGAGAGAGAGAGAGAGAGAGAGAGAGUCCAUUCACAAUAUCUCAAAAUUUAAAAGCAGAUUAUUGCUAUCAUGUUUUUAUCUCUAGACUUUACUGUCGCCGGUGACCAGCUCUAAUCGCAGUUGGCAGCAAUAACGCGAGCGCCGCUGAGGGAGCGCACGGCGCCGGGUUAAUCAGCGCUGGCUGGCUGACUUGGUCACCCGACUCGGCAGGAUAGCCGAGCCCCUCCAAUCCCCGGCCGGUGGGCCCGGAGCGCGCCUCUGAUCUCGUUCCUGCGCCGGCCGUGGCAGUCGCCAGGGACGGGCCCUGAUCUGAGAGGAGCUGGCACCAGUCCUCCCUAUACUGGGUGCGCCGGUCGGCCCUCGCACGUCACCAGACGCGUGUAUCAGCUGUGUGGGUGCGUGUGAACAUACCGCGUGCGUCUAUAUAUCGGUGUCCCUGUUACCCGCGGAGGAGGCUGGUGCCGAACAGCACUGUCUGCGUUGGCUCGCCCGUUAUACAUAUUCGCCCCCGCUGCACUCGUGUAGAUAUAUGUAUGGUGUUUCUAGCCCAUUUGCCGCUCUGUACUUGGCAUCAACCUCCCCCGCCGCGCUCUCAUUCCAAUACAACCGGUGUGCUCGUUAGUCGUGUCGGUGGCCGGCGUCUAUACUGCAAUAUGACGUGUGUAUGUACUGGAUGAAAUAUAAACCUCUAUUUUUCUUUUUAGAUUUUAUGGUGUAAUAAGUUGCUACGACGAAAAACAAUAAAAAUAACUAACAAGCC